UGCAACUUUAUAUCUUACCUGCUCUACACUCAGGGCUUGAAUUACAACAACAGUCAAUCACAUAAAAAAAUAUACUUUUGGUAGUUCUGUGUCUCUGUCUCUCUCCUCCAAACCCAGAUGGCUGCUGGUACUGAACCGCAGCCAUCUAUAUAACCCUGGACUAUGCUUCUGAAGAUGAGAGUAAGAUGGGAGUCUCUGAGAGUAACUAGGUGAGGAGCUGUUAAUGCCUUCAUACAGCAGCUGCUAUAAGUUUGAACAGUUCUAUAUUGUAAACAGAGCCAAUUUUACACCGUAUAAUUACCAUAGAAUUUAUUAGUUUCAGAUUUUUUUUAGUCAUAGCAUAUGAUCUGAUUUAUUCUUUACUGCUAAACAAAACAAUGUUUGGUUUCUCAAACUGUCCAUAAUUGCUCGUGAUAAAUUCAUUGGUUUCAGGAUGCACCUUCUGUAUCUUCAAACAAAAAAUCAGAACAAAAUUAUAAUAAUUAAAUACAUUUUUCAGAAGAAAGCCAGAUCUUGAUACAUGCUGGUUUAACAUAAGGAUCUAAAAUAUGUCACACUAUGUUGUUGGUUGAAUCUCAGAUUUGUUUAACAUAUGCAGAUGCAAGUGUAAAACCAUUGCUUCAGUGGUGGACCUUGGCUGGUGGUGUGUGAGGAAACAUGUUUUGCCUUUGCUUCAAAUAAAUAACUAAAUACUUUUUAAAAGAGGAAUUUCCUGUAAAUAAACAAAUGCAAUAAAACUCGGUCCUUUGUCACUGUAAAUGUUUCACUGAAAUUCCAUCAAAAAAAAAAGUCAGAACUCUCAUCACCUGACCACUUUUUAGCCAAUGAGCUGUUUUUCACCCCUCCCCCCUCACUUUGUGACUUCGAGUUGAGGAGUAGCAACACUUUGCUGGUGUGGAGAAGCCAACAGGUAACUUUAAACUUUAGAAUUUUGCCAGCUUUGUAGCCCAGCAACCAGUCAGAUUUAGUUUUGUUGAGGUUUUUCUUUGGUGUAUAUUCCUUGAUUAAGUUUUGUAUUUCAAUGUAAUUCUCAUGCUAAAGCUAGCUUUUUUGAUGACACAUGGUUGUGUAUUUAAUUAGUCAAGGUUAAAUACCUAGUCUAACGCACACCUUUUUAGUUCAGUUUAACUGUAGUAUUUGAAAAUACUGAUGUUAUUAUUUAUUUAUCCCACUGCCUCCAAAUUUUAAGCAACGCUGAAAUAUAGGUGACACGUUAUUAAUGAGACAUUUCAGAUAACCGAGGUAGCUAACAUUUAACUCUCUGGAGUGCGGAUUAUAUGGCCAAUUUACGGUGUAUCAGCAAGAUGCGUAUAUAACAGUUUUUUAAAAUGUGUUUAUAGGCCAAGUAAAACCAGAGUUAUGAUACAUAAUUUAAGCUUAGGGUUAGGGUUAGAACACCUGUAAAGGAUCCGUUUUUACUGUAAACUAUUUUCCUGAAAUAUUACAUAAAUUGUACUUUUUUUUUUCUUUUUCUGAGACAGUGUAUUGCAAUGCGGCCCCCGAGAGCAAAAAUUAAACCGAAAGAUGAAGCAGUAAAAUUUGCAUCUUUGGGGCAGGACAAAGAUGGAUUUGAAGUGAAAUUCAUAAAUUCAGUAAAAGGUCAAGGAAUGUUUAGUAGGUGCAACUAUAACAAAGGAGACUUCCUUCUGGAAUAUCGCGGAGACGUUGUAACCAAGAAGGAAUAUGAAAAGAGAACAAGAUUGUACCAUGACGCCUUAAAGGUUUUUCUUUUUGAAUUCCGGUACAAUGGAAAACAAUUAUGCAUUGAUGCAGCCAGAGAGGAUGGCUCCUUGGCCAGACUGGUGAAUCACGAUCACGUGAGCCCAAACAGCAAAAUGAGGACAAUCACAGUAAAUGGACAGCCUCAUCUCUGUUUAUUUGCCAUAAAGGACAUCAAGCUGGUGGAAGAAAUAACAUACAAUUACGGUGACUCUGACUGGCCAUGGAGAGUAAAGGUUUCAGAGCACCCUGACUGUUCUCAAGCUGAUGUGCCCAUGGCAUCGUCGUCCCUUAAAGAUGAUGAGCAGAACUGCAAACAUGAUGUGGUGUAUUCGUCAGAGAAAAUGUUGAAAAAAAUUGUGCCUUUUGUAAUGCAUAUUUUCCUGCUUUCAAGUUGAUUUGCGU